CCUGGCUAUUCCUUUCUUGAGACAGAUUAUAAGCACGAUUCUCACUCUAAGCUCAAUCAUAUUCAUCUGAUUUACAAUCAAGAUGGUCCUCGCGCAACCCAAGAAUCUGCACAUUACCAAAGCCUUUGACCUGACGGGCAAAGUCGCCGUCGUCACUGGUGGUGCUCAGGGAAUCGGCCUCGAAGUUACUCGAGGGCUCGCAGAGGCUGGUGCAAAUGUGGCUGUGAUCUAUAACUCAUCCCAGACGGCUGAUGCCACUGCUGCCGAAAUCGCAUCAGCAAACAAUGUGCGUGCAGCUGCGUACCAGGCCGAUGUUACCAACCAGACCCAGAUCGAGAAUGGCAUUCAACAAAUUUCCAAAGAUUUUGGAAAGCUAGACAUUCUCGUUGCAAAUUCUGGCAUCGCAACCUGUGUCGCCGCCGAAGACUAUACACCCAGCCAGUGGAGUGAGAUUAUGAAAGUCAACCUUGAUGGCGCAUUCUACUCCGCCCAAGCGGCGGCGCGUAUUUUCAAACAGCAGGGUUAUGGAAAUAUAAUCUUCACAGCUUCUGUGAGUGCGACAUUGGUUAAUGUGCCUCAGAAGCAGGCCGCUUAUAAUGCAUCCAAAGCUGGUGUGGUGCAGAUGGCAAAAUGUCUUGCGGUGGAAUGGGUAGACUUUUGUCGUGUUAACUGUAUAUCUCCUGGCUUCAUCGAAACAGAGAUUCUUAACAUCCACCCUGAGGAAUGGCGUAACAAGUGGUACGACAUGAUUCCAGCCCACCGCAUGGCCCAGACCUAUGAGCUGAAAGGCGCCUACGUCUUCUGUGCUUCGGACGCAUCUAGCUACAUGACUGGAGGUGAUUUAAUCAUUGAUGGUGGUUACACUCUGCCAUGAACUGGGAAAGGGUCCAUGGUUUACAAUUGAAUCUUUAGACAUUGAUAUCAUUCACUGGUUGUAAGUAGCAUGGGAUUGACGGUUCAUCCUGUUUCCGUCACCUGAAGUUCAGUGCAACGCUCAUUACAUGUCCGGAAGUUGAUUCAUGAAGUCCAUAAUGGUAGACUCUUGU